AUGCACUUCACUCAAGCCGUUGUCACCGGCCUAGCCGUGCUCUCAAGCUCCGCCCUCGCCCAUCCCGGUCAUGAUUUCAAGGCGGAACUAAACGAGCGUCGAGAUUUCCUCAAGACCGUCAAGCGCGCCGACAUUAGCCACUGUGCCGAGAAGCUGAAGGCUCGCGGUGUCAACAAGCGCAACGCUGCGCGCCGACAUGCAACACUUCAAGAUGCCAGGGCCAAAACAAGCCUGGUGAGACGCAAUGCCACGACGGUCGAUGCUAUCAACCAUAACCAGACUGGCAACGGGUACACUGCAGCAACUGACGCGUCUGUUCUCUUUGAGGGCUUCAGCUCUUGUCUACUUACCCCUGAGGUCACACAGGGCCCAUACUACGUGGGUGGCGAGUUUAUCCGACCCAAUAUCAUCGACGGUCAAGACGGUGUACCGACCAUUCUUGAUUACCAAGUGGUCGAUGCCGACACCUGCGAGGUUGUGCCGAACGUGUACCUGGAGAUUUGGCACUGCAAUUCGACCGGCGUCUACUCGGGAGUCAAAGUUAGUGGCAACGGCAACGAUGCCGACGCCUCCAACCUAAACAACACCUUCUUUCGCGGUAUCCAGAAGACAAACGCCGACGGUGUUGCUCAAUUCACCAGUCUCUUUCCUGGCCACUAUGCCAUGCGUGCCACGCAUAUUCACUUGAUGGUACACACCAACGCGACCGUCUUUGCCAAUGGCACACUUGGCAAUAACAACAUUUAUUCCUCCCACAUUGGCCAGGCCUUUUUCGACCAAGACCUAAUUACCGAGGUUGAAGCGCUCUCCCCCUACAAUACCAACACGGCCAGCAUCACGGAUAACGUGGACGAUGACUUGUUCGUCCAGGAGACCGAUAGCGAGGGCAUCGACCCCGUCCACGAGUACAUUUACAUUGGCGAUGAUGUUUCCGAUGGUCUUUUUGCCUGGCUGGCAUUCGGUAUUAAUGCCACCGCGUCUGAUGCCAUUACUGCUGCCGCGUGGUAUUAUGCCAACGGCGGUCAGACCAAUGCCGACUACGAUUAUCUGGCAGAGGAGGGGACCACCGGGGUCACUUCUCCUACAGCUACGGCAUCUUGA